AUGCCCCAGAACAAUUUCCAGCCUCUCUCAGGUCAAGCUUUGUCCAUUCCAAUUGACCUCAGUCCAGAAUUCAAUAGUCGAGCAUUUAGUUUGAACCCAGGAGACACAGAUUUUGAUGAUUCGUAUCCGGCGCAGUUCAUGCCACCGAAGGACUUUAUUUAUGCAGGACUGAAUUAUAAAUUUCCAACCUACAGAGCCGGGGGUAAUGAUAAUGUCAUUGCCUCCGGCCAAACUAUUUCUGUUCCGCGGAUACGAUACCUUAGCGUGCACAUGUUUGCCGCUUCCGAGGAGGGAAUGGCUCAAGGAACCAUCAAUGCGACAUAUACCGAUAGCACGACAACAUCUGGGCCAGUACUCGUCCCAGCAUGGUGGAGUUGGCCAUACCCGGCCGGAGGUGAUAUGAUCAAUAUCUUCCGGACUUCAAACUGGCUCGAUAGCUCGAAAGAACUGGACUCAUUAAUACUGCCAAAUGUCACAGGAGGGUCAGCGACUAACCCAGGAGGAGCAGAAAUCAAGGCCAGACUACAUAUAUUUGCCCUUACUUUGGUUCCAGCAGUUACUACGGCUAAUGGGCAUGUCGUUAGCGUACAAUAUGCGAGAUCAACGCAGAAAUGGCUGGAAGGAAGCAACAAAACCCAAGUCUUCGAGGUCACCAUCAACAAUGCUGGUUCGGAACAUGUCACGGGAAAUAAUUCCGUCACAGUAAGUGUCGACUCGCCUGGUGUAGAAACAAUUGAACCUGGCUGCAUCAAAAGGUUGCGAGCUGGGGACCAAGUCAAGGUUACCGUCGGUGUCGAAACUAAGGCUGGAGUAACUACUAGCAGUACUGGGGAAGCCACAAUUAUGGUCACGGGACAGAAUAUCAGCUCUUUCAACUAUACAUUUAACGCAACCUAUGGGAUUAAAGAUUACGAACCCACCUACGAAUCAAUCUACUCGCACGAAUCUCCAGAUUGGUAUAAUGCCGGCAAAUAUAGAAUCUUCAUUCACUGGGGUAUCUACGCUGUUCCCGGCUGGGGAAACUUGGGAAAGAACGAGACAUACACUGAAUGGCUCAAACACAACUUCACAGCCGCCGCAUUUGAUCCUAAGGAAUGGGUUGAUCUCUUCGCGGACGCUGGAGCGAACUACUUCGUCCAAGUCAGCAAGCAUCACGACGGUUACGCAAUCUUCGACCUCCCCGAGAACGUGACGAAGAGGACCUCGGUUGCACAAUUCCCUCACAGGAACCUCUUACAGGAGCUUUUUGACGCUUCCGCAGAAUAUCAGCCACAUAUCCACCGAGCAACGUAUUUCUCGUUGCCGGAGUGGUUUCAUCCAGAUUACAAGAAAUAUGGGUUUGGUUCCUGGCCGGGCGGAAAUGCAACAAAUCCAUUCACCAACGAAACACUUCCCUACAUUGGAUACGUCCCCAUAGAAGAAUACAUCUCGCAGCUCAUAAUCCCCGAGAUGAACGCGCUUGCACAAAUGGGCGUAGAAAUAAUGUGGUGCGACAUCGGCGGGCCAAACAUGACGACCGAAUUCGCAAGCAACUGGUUCAACACCCUUGCAACCUCCAAUAGACAAGCACUCAUGAACGCCCGCUGCGGCCUACCCGGAGAUUUCGACACCCCCGAAUACGCCCGCUACGCCUCCGUACAACCGCGAAAGUGGGAAAGUAAUCUCGGUAUGGAUCCUUACUCUUAUGGCUACAAUCGCGCGACGCCCUUAGCUUCUUACCUGAAUGCCAGCAUGAUUAUUCAAAGUCUCGUAGAUGUCGUGAGCAAAAAUGGAAAUUUCCUAUUGGAUAUCGGACCAAUGGCAGAUGGUACGAUUCUCGAUGUCGAGAAGAAUAAUCUAAGGGAAGCCGGAAGAUGGAUUAAGAGUCACGGAGAAGCUAUUUUCAACACGACGUAUUGGUUUGUAACACCACAGGAGGGUGACGGCAUUAGGUUCACUACAACGAAAGACGCUUUCUACAUCUUGAGUAUGGAGAAACCGAAUGGGACCUUGGUGCUGGAGAGUCCAAUACCGUGGGUGCAGGGAGAUGAAGUGACGAUUUGUAGGAGGCAGCAUGGCUGGCAAAGUAGUUUCGAGUUCGAUGAGAGAAGAUGGGGUGGUGGUGCUAGAAGUUAG